UUCUAGCACUGCAGCAUCAGCACAGAGAGACCACCAUCAAUUUGCUAGAGAGGAACCAGCACAAGAUCUCACCGCAAGGAAGAGAGGGAAAAUAUUAAAUAAGGAAAGAACGUGUGUCAAGUUGGAAGACAGCAGGAGGCGUGGACCUUCAAGAGACAGAGAAAGAGGGAGCGAGAGUAGGGGGGGGAUAAGAAACAGAGUCGGUGGAGGAGAGGGACGCUGAGAGAAGCCGAGGGGAUAAACUGCCCUGCGAAGCAGAAGGAGCGGAGAGUGUGGCGAGAGCGAGGUGUUGAUUGUGUGUGCUGUUUGGAGGUUAUCCUCACAGCGUAUUCGAGUCUGGGAGCAGGUGCAGCUUUGAUGGAACAGUGAGCAAUGCCUACUACACUACUACAGCAGGCUGGCAGCAGGGGGCGCCACCUAAUUCACCCGCUCCCGCUCCUCCGCGCCCUUUUCCUUCUGGUGCUCGCAGCUAUGCCAGGCCAGACUGCCAUUCAUAUUCCAGAAAACUACCACAUUAAAGAACUAAAGACGCCCCCACAAAUUACUGCCCAACCUGAAUCCAUCAUUGCCUUCAACUCUGAUGACAUCACGCUCAAGUGUGAGGCGACUGGGAAGCCCUCUCCCACAUUUCGAUGGGUUAAAGAUGGAUUGGCGUUUGACCCAUCAAGCAUCCCUGGUGUCACCACGUCUUUUUAUUCUGGGAGUUUUACGGUUAAAGAUGCAGCCAUUCACCAGUUCCACGGCAACUACAGCUGUCUGGCCUCCAACGAUCUGGGCACAGCCGUCUCCAACGAGGCCCACGUCAUCACCGAGGAUACUCCCACAAUACAGCGGGAGAAGAAAGAAGGCGAGAAGAAGGUAGAAGAAGGAAAUCCUGUUAUUUUACAGUGCAACCCUCCACAAACUUCUGCGACCCCUUUGAUUCACUGGAUGGAUAAGAGGCUUCGGCACAUCCAGCAGAGCGAGCGUGUGACUCAGGGCCGUGAUGGAAACCUCUACUUCUCCCAUGUGACCAUUGAGGACAGCAGAAAUGAUUACACCUGCAACGUGCAGUUUCUGGGAGCUCGCAUCAUUGUAGCCAAAGAACCCAUUAGCCUGAAGGUCACACCAUCUAACACCCUUCGAAACAGACGGCCACAGAUGAUGAGACCUACAGGCUCUCACAGCUCAUAUUUGGUCCUGAGAGGCCAACCCCUCGAACUGGAGUGUAUCGUCCAGGGCAUGCCCACUCCAUCCAUCCAGUGGGUGAGGAAGGACGGAGUGCUGUCCGAGUCUCGUACGUCCAGAGAGAACUUCGAUCGGCUGCUGCGUUUUACCAACAUCUACGAGCAGGAUGAUGGGGAGUACCAGUGCACAGCCAACAACUCCCAGGGCACCAUCACACACACUUAUACCGUCUCCGUGGAAGCUGCUCCGUACUGGAUAAAGGAACCGGAGAGUGAACUUUACGCCCCGGGGGAGACAGUCAAAUUGGAAUGUCAGGCAGAUGGGAUCCCAACCCCAGAGGUCACCUGGAGUAUGAAUGGAAACCCUCUCUCAGAUAUAGACCCGGACCCACGGCGUACAGUGAAAGGAGGGACUCUCAUCCUGAAGGACGUGAAGAUCAUUGACACUGCAGUGUACCAGUGCAAGGCUUCUAACAAACACGGAACAAUCCUCAUCAACACCCACGUCUUCGUCACUGUGCUUCCUCCACAGAUCCUGACAGAGGAUUCAUUGUUGUACAGAGUGACAGAGGGAAUGACGGCCAAGUUGCAGUGCCUGACCUUUGGUUCGCCUCGUCCGAAAAUCACAUGGGAGGGUGAAACCUGGGACUCUGUGAUGUCCAACUCCAGGCUGAAUCAGCUAAUCAAUGGUACUCUGGAGAUUAGCAAUGUUUUCCAAAACGAUACAGGCAUCUACACCUGCUCAGUGGGUGAAGACAAACUCGCCAUCACUGCCGAGCUGGAAGUCCUCAACCGGACAGUGAUUGUGAAUCCACCCGAGGCUCUGUAUAUUCAGAAGGGAAAGAGGGCCAUGUUCACCUGUCAGUACCAGAUAGACAGCAAUCUGGGAACACCUCAGAUCCUGUGGAGAAAAGCAAACAAGAAGCUUGAUGAGUCCUAUGAUGUGGACAAGUACAUAAUUGAUGAGACAGAGCUUAUAGUAAAUGACGUCCAGGAUGAAGACGAAGGUGUUUAUGGUUGUGAGGUCAUAACAAGUUUGGACAUAGCAGAAGCAACCGGCAGCCUCACGGUUGUUGAUCGACCAGAGCCUCCGUCCAUGCUGCAGAUCACUGAACCUGGAACGCACUCAGUAACUCUGCUAUGGGUUCCUGGGGAUAACCACAAAAGCCCUAUUUUAGAGUAUGUGGUGGAAGCUGAAGAGACUGGCACUGAUACGGAGGAGUGGGAGGAGCUCAUGCGGGUAGCUGGAGACACUCGUCGCACCACGCUCCCACUCAAACCCUUCCUGUCAUACCGCUUCCGGGUCAUCGCCAUCAAUAAGAUCGGCAAGAGUAACCCCAGCCAGCCCUCCGCAGCGUACUCCACUCCUGCAGCUCGACCGAGUGGUAACCCUGAAGGAGUGCGUAGUGAGUCCCUCGACCCAGGCACACUUGUCAUCACGUGGAAGGAGAUGGAUAGAAGGAGCUUCAAUGGCCCAAAGUUCCAAUACAAAGUGAUGUGGAGGAAGGUUGUUGGCAGUGGGCCAUCUUGGCAUUCAAAUUUUACAGAAUCGCCACCCCUUGUUGUCAUGGAUGUGGGUAAUUUCAGCGCGUUUGACAUCAAGGUGCAGGCUGUUAAUGAACUGGGAGAGGGUCCAGAACCCAUAUCUACAAUUGGCUACUCUGGAGAGGACGAACCUUUGGAAUCGCCUCUGAAUGUAGGAGUGCUUCUACUCAACAGCACUGCCAUCAGGGUAACAUGGCCCGAGGUGGAGAGCGACACAGUGAGAGGACAUCUGAUGGGCUACAAGAUCCACCUGGGAUACUGUGGCUCCUGUGGAAAACAUACACACCAUCAUCAACCGUCCAACCCCGAGGAAUGCGAACCAGUGAAUGAGGUUGUAGUGACAACAGGACCUAAAGAGCAGAAAAAGGAUCUGGGUGGCCUGCGGCCGUAUUCCUCAUAUUCCGUCGCUGUUAGCGUCUUCAACAGCAAAGGAGAUGGACCCAAGUCAGAAGCUUCGACCUUCCACAUGCCUGAAGGAGUUCCUGGUCCUCCAACAUCGUUGACAUUGUCCAGUCCUUCGGAGACGGAAAUGACGCUCCACUGGACUCCACCUGCUCAAGAAAAUGGAAUUCUGACCGGAUACGUAUUACAAUACCAAGAGCUAGACAACAUGGACAGCCCCAUGCAGGUGGAGUCGAUUGAUGAUCCCACAGUGCAUGAGCUAAGCAUUAAAGAUCUGGACCGUCGCAGCCAUUACCGUUUUCACCUGCGGGGGCGCACUGCAGCCGGACAAGGCCUGCCAAUCGCCAAAGUCGGGGCGACCACACUUGAUGGAGCUCCACCCCGUGACAUUAGUUUGUCUGUUGGAGAGACAGCUGUUAAUCUGAGCUGGGUGUCCCCUGAGAGACAAAGGAACGUAGGGUUCCAUAUUCACUACCUGAAGAAGAACGGCCAUGGGAGAUGGAUGCAGUCAGAGAAAGUGAACACGUCUCAGUCCUUUUACUCCCUGCAGGGCCUCCAGCCUGGAUCUCAUUACAGUUUGCGCUUCGUCUUCAGCAACAAGACCUUCUGGGAAACUGACAUACAGACAGGAGGAGCAGCAGUGAAGGAGAAGCAGAGCAGCUUUGCUACUGAAGGCUGGUUUAUCGGCCUCAUCAGCGCCCUCGUGCUGUUGUUGCUGCUUCUGCUCAUUCUCUGCUUUGUCAAACGCAACAAAGGUGGAAAGUACUCAGUGAAAGACAAGGAGGAGGGCCAGGUGGACUCUGAGUCUCGACCGAUGAAGGACGAGACGUUCGGGGAGUACAGAUCACUAGAGAGUGACAACGAGGAGAAGCGUACGGCUAGUCAGCCGUCUCUGUGCGAGGACAGCAAGCUGUGUAGCGACGACGGUUUGGACGAUUACGGCAGUCACAGCGCUCACACCAAGGUGACCAUGGACGAGUCCCUAGCCAGUCAGUACAGCGGAGUCAGAGACGGGCUGGAGAUCGAGAGGCAUGACGGAUCGCCCCUCAAACCCGGCGUCACCAACCACGGCCUGCCCAACUCUGCUGCCGUCCUCGACUAGCGGCGCCGGUGUUAGCGGAAGAAUCGAUCCUGGACCUGCAACUCGUAUUUGAAUGACUGACCAAACAAUCGAUAAUUCACACAAUGCAACGUCAGUGUGUACACUAUAGCAAAAGCCAAGUAACAAAAAAAACAUGGGAUACAAUGCUGGGACUGACUUUAGACAUAAUCAGACCACUUCGGCCAGAAGUGAUAAAUUAUUUCAAAUAGAUUAGAUCACCCUUAUGUGUAGGGACUGCCAUUUUUGCAAACUGUUUACAGAUAUAGCUCUGUUCUCUUGUAAUACAGUACAUACUUUCAGAGUAGACCAACAAGAAUUCAAGUUUCCUGCCAGAUACAGUACAAUGACUUAUUAUACAUAGCAGAAUUUAUUAAAGGAAAAAUCCACCGUAAACAGUUUACAUUAAAAGUUUUGGGGAAUUUAGCAACAUCUAAGUUUCCUUUUUUUUUUUUUUUUGUGAUGAUAAAAAUGCAACGAGACGUUUUUGGUUUCAUCAGGAGUAACAGUCCACUACGUUACGCCCAAUGCCUUGUGUAAUCUGAAUGCGGCGCUUUAGUCGGGUAUUCUGUCCAGCUCUCUCACUCUGCUCGGACAGAUUAUCUUUCAUAUUGAUAAAGUUUCAUUCAAAUAACACCAACGCCAUCAGGCUUGUCCCCUACUAUCUCUCUGAGCUGAUCCUCUGCCGUGAUUUUAUACUUCAUUAGGAAAAGGUGGGACCACUGUGGCCUGGCACCUCCAGGGUCGAGGGUUUGAUUUCUGCCUCGAGUCUGCGUGUGUACUUCCUUGUUGGGUUUCGUCCGGGUACUCCGGUUUCCUCCCACAGUCCGAAGGCAUGCAGGGCAAGUUCAUUUCCAAACUGCCCGUAGUGUGUGAGUGAGUCAGUAAGUGUGUGUGGCUGUACCUUGCAAUGUACUGGCUCUUUGUCUAGGGUGUAUCCCAUCUAGUGCCCAGAGUCUCCAAGGCUCCAGGCUUUCCAUGUCCCUGUUCAGGAUAUGUCAUAUAGAGGAUAAUUUAUUAAUAUUUUUUGUGGCUUAGUGGUUAGCACUGUGGCCUUGCAAAAUUAUUUCCAGAAUCUGGGUUCGAUUCCCUCCUCGGGUCUGUGUGCAUGGAGUUUGCAUGUUCCUACCGUGCCUGGUGGGUUUCCUCCGGGUAUCUGGCUGUAAAUGAGCAAGGCUUGAACCACUUAAUCACCCAAAUCAUUAAAAAUACAUCACAGACUUUUUAUUUUUGUGUUUCAGGGUGGAAUUUUCCUUUAAUGAUGAUAUUGUUUUUUAAAAGUGACAAUUUUACGUGACAAGGACAUAUAUAGAUGCCGCAUGGUUAACGCCAAAUACAGGACAGUGUGAGUAGCAGAGGAAGAGAACUGCAGGGAGUUUGAGGGCUUCACAAUCCCGGGAAGUGCAUCAUGCAAGCAUAUGGCACGUUGCAUAUGGAUUGCACUGAUGUAGUCCAUUGUUAUAUCUAUUUAAAAAAUUGUCAUGUGGUUCACUGUUUUAUAGUCUUGCCUCAUUGUUCGAGCUCUAUGCAUUUUUUUUCCAUUUUGGGCAAUUUUGUGAAUAACGUUAUGUUCAGUUUUAUCUUUUUUUUUUGGGGUGACUUUUUUUCUUUUUGCAUCUUUCUAUAAAAUACGCAUCCAGAACUCCAUAGCCAAGCUGCCGGCACUUAGAAAUAUAUCCGAUGCAAUGAUCCGCUGAUAUGAGGUGCUUUAUAUCAGGCUGUAUGUAGUCACAUCUAGCAGUUAGCCAUGUCCAGUAUUAGUGAGCUGUCCUUCCAGAACCCUGAACCCUGAUCGUUUGAACUCCAUUUUCAGCUCGAAUGUUCAAUCAUUUGUAUGUAGCUCUCCUCCUAUACGUGUGUGUGUGUGUGUGUGUGUCUCGCUUUGUAUUGUAGUCUGCAUAGUGUAUUAAAUGAAGUAUACUGACAAAUCCUCUCUUGCAGUCCAGUUGGUAUAAAGCCAUAUGAAUACACUUCCGAGGUGUAAUCGGGUAUGAGGUUGUAUUGAGGUUCUGUACAGUACACACCCACAUACACUCAUUUCAGCUUGGUCUAAACAAUCAUGUGUAAUUAACCCAGUUUGUGUCUUACGCAGAGAAUGUAUGCGUUGUUCGGGUUGGGAUUCCCAUUCCUUACCUGUAUACCAAAUAGCAUUUGUUCCUGGUUCGAUGUGUGACGUGUGUGCCGUCUUGAAGUUUGGAUACGCAGUGUUAUGUGAAGAAAAGUGAUCGAGAACAACAUGAGAUGCCUGUUAAAAACAAAAGUUUCAUUUUUUUGUUCUUCUGGAGAAAUUCAGAUGAGGCUUGAAAGGAAAAAAAAAAAAAACUCGAAUUUUGUUUGAAUGUAAAUAAGUCCCAAAUGAUUGUUUUGCUACAGCGUCUAUUUGUAACUGUAUCUUGUUGAUUACCAUGGGUUUUGGGGUUGUUAAUGUUUUACUUCUGAAUUUUUGACCCUUUGUCUAGGUAGUUGUGAGAUAACUGUUUUAGAUAAGUAGAGAAUAGGUUUUUUUUUUUUUUUUUAACUUUGAAUUGGAAAGUCCAAACAAGCUGUUGUUUCACUGCGAUAAAAUCCAAUCAGAACUUUUUCUUUUCUUGUUUUUCUUAUUAUUUUU